GUGUCAGUGCUGCAGAAUCAGGGCCGAGAGAUGAUGAUCGUCACCAGUGGUGCUGUAGCUUUUGGAAAGCAGCGGUUGCGUCAUGAGAUCUUGCUUUCUCAGAGCGUGAGGCAAGCGCUUCACUCGGGCCAGAGUCAGCUAAAAGACAUGGCUGUUCCAGUCCUGGAGGCCCGAGCCUGCGCAGCGGCUGGCCAGAGUGGGCUCAUGGCUCUGUACGAGGCCAUGUUCACACAGUACAGCAUCUGUGCAGCUCAGAUUCUAGUCACCAACCUGGAUUUCCACGAUGAACAGAAGCGUCGGAACUUAAAUGGAACAUUGCAUGAGCUUUUAAGAAUGAAUAUUGUCCCUAUAAUCAACACUAAUGAUGCUGUUGUUCCACCUCCAGAACCAAACAGUGAUCUGCAGGGGGUAAAUGUGAUUAGCGUGAAGGAUAACGACAGUCUGGCAGCACGACUGGCUGUGGAAAUGAAAACUGAUCUUCUCAUUGUUCUCUCAGAUGUAGAAGGACUCUUUGACAGCCCCCCAGGGUCUGAUGAUGCAAAGCUCAUUGACAUCUUCUACCCAGGAGACCAGCAGUCUGUAACGUUUGGCACCAAAUCCCGGGUGGGAAUGGGAGGCAUGGAAGCCAAG